AUCCGGACCGGCUGCGACGGCGGCAGCGAGCGGCAUCUGCACCGGCGCCUGCACAGCCGAUAGGCGAGGGCAGGACCCGAGCUCUUGCCACGUCGUCUGAAAGGGUUCGCCCGCUGAGAGCCCCAUCAACACCCUAUAGGCAGAUGAGUGACCGGAGAGGAAUCUAGCGACCGACAUCGGUCGCGAGAGCGAGCCUUCGCCACCAUCGCAAGCCACAGCUGCUACCGCCGCCAUGUUCAUUAACCGGCGCUGCGGUCUCCUGCUGGGGGCGGUUGUAGCGGCGGUUGUCGUCUGCUCGUGUGAAGCAGCGCCGUCUACCUCCGAGGGGACCCUGAAAGGCGCCGGGCAUGGUGCCUCCACACCCCAGAGCACGACCCUCAUGGUCCUUCCCCCUGAAACGCUGCUGGGGCCGACUGCCCACGACAACGCCACCGCGGCCAACGAAACGAUAGCGCACAACGCGACGACUGCGCUGCCUGCUACCGCGAACCAAACUGUUCCCGCCACGGUGCCAAACACUACGAUGCACGAAGGAGAUGCCGUGCUCCACUACGGCGAUGGUUCUGGCGGGGGAGUUGUGAAGAAACCACGACCUCACACUUACUUCUUCACUUCCUGGAUAACAUGGCGGGAGGACAACUACCUGAUGAGCAUCCUCAUACCAAUCGGGUGCGGAGUGGCUGCCGCUGUGCUCAUCCUGUGCUCCUUGGCCUGCAUCGGGUGCUGCCGCCGACGGUGUCGAUCGCGAAGCCGUCGCAAGAUGCACCGCAAGAUCGACCCGAAAACCUUCCGGAAGAUGAAGGCUGCAGACCGAAUCAAGCUGCUGGCUGCAAGUUCGGACGAGGAAUUCUGACCCAAUACCUGAGGCUUCACCUGUUGGGGAAAUGUCUGAUUCCGGCCAAGCAACAGUGUGCAAUGGAUUCUUCAAGGCGCCGCUUGACCACUUCAUGCUGGAUUGUUAGCGGUGGCCAUCUACGUGCAUCAAACAUUGUGUCAUACGUGGCGGAGUUUAUAAUGGUGCAGUAAUGCUAACGCAUGGGCUUACUGGUGUUACUGUUCUGGUGACUCUCCCGCUCCCCCCCCCCCCUUGAGUAGUUGCAUAUAUUUUUCACAUCUUGCCCAAAGUGAACAGUCUCAACAGUAUUCUAAAUUCAGCAUAGUGACCUAUUGAAGUUGUGAACGGCUGGCCAGAAAUUUUCAGUAGGUUUUCGCCAACAAAGCACUGAUUUUCUUGUGCUUGCGAAAGCCUGUAGCUGUCUUGCUUCUGAGUUUACAUAUAAGAACUGGUCGCUGAGGUAGUUUCGUAGAAGCUCUCGUUUUCAAUACCAUCGCAAAAAUUAACUAAUCCUCAGUUAUCUUUCGAAAAUCUGAGUUAAGAUUUAGGUUUCAAAAUCCUCCUAAUUCCUGAAUUUGUAAACAGGUGAUGGUUACGGUUGUAUUGCGGAAGGGUGACUGACAGGUUAUUCGCCCGGUUUGUUACUACAUUCAAAACAGUUAUCCUAUAAUAAAUAGAUAAAAUUUUUA